UUCCAAUUUUCAGUGGAUGGUGCCAUUCAUCGUGGGGCUGGUCCUCUGUUGAGGAAGGAAUGUGCCACUCUGAACGGCUGUGAAAUGGGGGAGGCCAAGAUCACCGGAGCCUACGGUCUGCCUGCAAAAUAUGUUAUUCACACCGUGGGGCCGAUAGUCCAUGAUUCAGUGGGGGACAGAGAGGAACAAGCACUGAGAAACUGUUAUUAUAACUGUCUGCACACAGCAACUAAGAAUCACCUGCGAACAGUGGCUUUUCCCUGCAUCUCUACUGGAGUGUAUGGAUAUCCACCUGAUCAAGCAGUCGAAGUUGCCCUGAGAGCAGUGAGAGAAUACCUGGAGCAAAAUCACGAGAAGCUGGACCGGGUCAUCUUCUGUGUGUUUCUGAAGUCUGACAAAGAGCUCUACGAAACAAUGUUGCCUGCAUACUUCCCACGAGGUUCACCGCCAAAGAGCAAAUUAUGAGAGGAUGGCAUAGUUGCUGUGGAAACGCCACACAAACUGCUUUUCCGUCACAUCACUGUCUCGCUUUUACCUGAUGCAGCCCCUACAAACAUCAACAGCUGCCUGACACCACCUGAUUUAUUCAUAUCACUAAACCAGUGCUACAUGGAAUUCAAUGAUUGCUAUCAGCUUCCUGUUGGGAGUCAUAUUGCUAUUGGAUUUGUGUUAAUAUUAAUAACAAUGUGGGCUUACAAGUGGUAGUUCACCCAAAAAUUAAACAUUUAC